GCUCAAAAGCCUCACUAUCCCAACGAACCGCAGGGGCCCGCGUUCAAGUUCGGGCCCCGCGCGCCGGGGGCUCCAAAGAUCAAGGUUUCUGCGCGUUGAAGUUUCCCGGCGCCCGCCCAGUUGAGGCGCUGAAUCUUGGCCGCGGUCGCCGGCCGCAAGGCAAAAGCAUUUUAGAAGCGAAUAGAUCUCGUAGGUGCAGUUCCAUAAUGAGGGUCCUUCGAAAUAGUCGCGCGAUGAUCACUGAGAGGCCAGUAACCUUGGGGAGAUCCCGACUGCAUUUUUUUGGAGCGAUCUUGCGGCCAUGCCCAGAAAUGUUGUUCCGACUAUGUAAAAACGAGCACCGGCAGCACGGCCGAAUCAAAAUUAAUAAUUAGUUAGUUCGCAUUCAAUACUGCAGCGGCCUCAGAAAGAACAGCCUCAAAGUUAAACGUGACCCGCAUUGAGUAUAUCGAAUGUCUUUUCCGAGCCGAGCCCUGGCCUCCAAAGUAACAGCGCCCCGCGUCGCGGCGAUAUCAGCAGCGCGGACCCGCCCCGGAAGUGCCGCGGUGUGCGGGAUCUCGCCCAAGAAGAGCGUGGCAUCUAGUUCCGGUCGGCGAAGCACGACUUUUGUCAGUGUUUCGUCUUUUGUGGCUCCCGCUUCGACGAGCAAAAAACAACAACGAGCCAUGGGAAAUUUGUGGUCUUCGCCGGCCGCCACUGCGCAGGUGCGCCUGGAACACACCGGGGCUGCGCUAGAUGGAGGCAGCACCACGGGGCCAGCAAAAGAAAGUAUCGAUGUGCACGGUCCGCUUGGGCAGGGCAUGCGGCAGAAGCUCAUUGAGGAGUUGUCCCCUAUAUUCUACCUGGAAAUGGAGGAUGAAUCGCAUGAGCAUCGCGGGCACGCAGGCGUGCGAGACGCAACUACGGCCGAAACGCACUUCCGAGUCGUCGUAGUGAGCGACAAGUUUGAGGGUAUUUCGCGGGUUCAACGCCAACAGCGCGUGUACGGCAUACUGAAGGAAGAGUUUCAAACGCAAGGCCUUCAUGCGCUGUCACUCAAAUGCCUCACAACAUCAGAAUACGAAAAAUUAUAAUGCGACCAAGGUUCCUAUGUAUUACUUACUCCCUCCGCAACUAUGCCUUUUGCUUUUCUGAUGGAAAGGUGGCGGUUGAAGUGUGCAAAUCAAUGAAUCAAUU